AUGAGCGGGAGUCGGACAAGGCCGGUGAAGUCUGGACGGAGGAAGCCCAAGGAGACCAAGGAGGCCGAUGCUAAGGCUGAGGGCAAGAAGGCGACAACACGAGAAAGUGAUGCUUCAAGCGUGUUUAUCCGCGGGCUACCAGAGGGCACGACGGACAAAGAUCUCCGAGUCUUCCUAGAGGCGCGAGUGGGAGCUGUCGUCACAUGCUUCGUCAUUCGUGACGAUUAUGGCAUCGCGAAGUUCCAGAGGGAGGAGGAUGCUCGCAGAUGCCUGCAGGAGCUCAACGGAACCGAUUUCAACGGCUCCAGCUUAAAGGUCCAAGCCGGGAAGCCGAAACGGGGUGCGUCUGCCAAAGGCAAGCAGGCUACUACUUCGGAGAUGGACCAGGAAGCGAAAGGACUCGUACAUUUGCGCAGCAUUCAGCUAGGUGGCGUGCCGCCAGCAAUGACAAAGGAAAAGCUUCGCCAGUGGAUUGAGGAGAGACUCCCUGGUGGAUGUGGGAUCGAGGCCGUUCGCCGGGUCGUGGGCACCGGCGACUUUACCGUUUCUUUUCGAAAGGAUCAGAAUGCGAGACGAGCGCUUGAGAGCCUCAGCGGGGCCGACAUGAAUGGACACACCAUCACGGCUUCACUGCGAGCUCUAGAACUCAGUCGUCAGAGCAGCAAGGCGGGGCGACUAAUCGUCCGCAACCUGUCCUUCGACGCCAGAGAGAAGCACCUUCGAAAGGUUUUCGAGCAGAUCGGCGAGCUGGCAGAUGUCCAUCUGCCUUCGAAGGACGGCAAGAUGGGGGCUCAUCGCGGGUUCGCAUUCGUGCAGUAUGCUGAGGCUUCGGCAGCGGAAAAGGCCGUUGCAAGCCUGAAUGGCUCGAGGAUAUGUGGACGUGCCGUGGCCGUGGACUGGGCAGUUGAUGCGUCAGUGUUCAGCAAGCUGAGCGAAGAGCCGCCGCAAGAGCCGGAGCCGUCGCCAGCGAAGCAUGCGAAGCAUGCGAAGCCCAAGAAGCAGAAGGAGAAAGCCGAGGGCUCUUCGCUCCCAGAGCCGGGCGAGGACCCGGAGCCGGACCCAGACCAGGAGGUGAAGCGCAUGAAGGAGCUGCUGGGCGACGAUGUGGAGGAAGACGAUGACGAGGACGAGGAGGAAGAGGAGGACGGGGAAGACGACGAAGAUGCUGGAUCGAAGCCCAAGAAGGAUAAGCCGAAGGCAUCGAAAGCUAGAAAGCCUGGCUUCGACGUGGAGCAAGGGCUCUCCAUCUUCGUGAGAAAUGUCCCUUUCGAUGCAGAAGAGGGGGACUUGAAAGAGGUCUUCCGGCGCUUCGGCCGGGUGAGCUCCAUCAAGAUGGUGGCCGACAAGACAGGCCAGAAUGCCCACCGGGGCUCUGCCUUCAUUAAGUUCGCAGAGGCGCAGGCGGCGCAGGCGGCGCUGGCAGCCGAGGAGGAGGCCGAGAGGAAGCUCAAGGAGCUCUCCUCGGUGGUGCGGCGCAGCGACCAGCGCGAGCUCCCCGCAGUCGAAGGCUUCGGCGUCAGCUUAAAGGGGCGCCGCCUGGUUCUGAAGCCGGCUGUGAAGCCGCAGGAGGCUUCAGAGCUAAGCGACAAGACGAAGAUGAAGGGACAGGCUUCCAAGGAGCGCCGGACAUGGAUGCACUUGCUCAACGUGGGAGACAUCCCAGAGACGUCACCUCGCUGGGACAAUCUGUCCAAGUCUGAGCAGCGCCAAAGGAUAGAGGGGCAGAAGGAGAGGAAGUGGCGAAUUAACAACUCGAACUUCGCGAUUCACCCUCAGCGCAUAAGUAUUCGCAACUUGCCCACGUUUGUGGAUGCCAACAAGCUGCGGGAAGCGAUAGUGAAGCAUUUGGCACACAGCCCGAGCAGCGUGGAUGCCGUUGAGGGAAAGAAGGGGCGCCUGAAAGCUGCCCAGGAGGCGAUUGUGAAGGCCAGCAUGGUGCGGGACGACGAGCGCCGGACGGAAGCCGGCGAGCGCCGCUCCAAGGGCUACGGCUUUGUGACCUUCAAGGACCACGACUCGGCCAUGAAAGCUUUGGAGUUCCUCAAUGACAACCCGACAGUCUUCGGAGGCAACCGCCGGCCAAUUGUCGAGUUCGCCGUCGAAGACAAGCGAAAGCUGCGAAUGCAGGAAGAGCUGCGGCAGAGGUAUGAGGAGAAGCUCAAAAAGAAAGGCCAAGCUGUUUAUGAAAGCUUCCCCGUAGUAGCGGUGCUUGCAUGA